AGGAACGCAGCAGCGCUCAGACCCGCAGCGCGUCGCCGGUGUCGAUCAUGCCUCUGUCCGGGAAAGUGGCUCUGGUGACCGGAGGAGCUCAGGGCAUCGGGAGGGCAGUGGUCCAGUCUCUGCUGAAGAGCUCGGCAAAGGUGGCCGUUGUGGACCUGAACAAGACGGUGGGGGAGCAGCUCCAGGCCCAGCUGGACGCCGACUUCGGGGAGGAACGGAGCGCGUUCAUCCAGUGUGACGUCACAGAAGGCGACGCUCUGAGAGACGCCUUCCAGAGGACGGUGGACCAGUUUGGACGCCUGGACAUCGUCAUCAACAACGCCGGCAUCAACAACGAGAAGAACUGGGAGAAAACUAUCCAGGUCAACCUGACCUCAGUGAUAAAGGGAACCUACUUGGCCCUGGAGCACAUGAGCAAAGAGUUCGGCAAGGAAGGAGGAACCAUCAUCAACGUGUCCUCCAUGGCAGCAUUCCUCCACUCCCCGCAUCAGCCCGUCUACACGGCCACCAAACACGGAGUGAUCGGCUUCUCCCGAGCGAUGGCGGACGCCGCUGCUCAGGACGACUACGGCGUCCGCAUCAACGUCCUGUGUCCCGCCUUCGUCGACACGCCGCUGCUGCACACCGUGGAGGACGAGGACAACAUGGGGAAGUUCGUCAAGUUCAAGGACGACUUCAAGCACAGCAUGAACAAGUUUGGGGUUCUACAGCCGUCGCUCAUUGCUGAAGGGAUGAUGAGGCUCAUUUCGGACCCGAGCCUGAACGGCGCCGUGAUGAAGAUCACCUGCGCCAAGGGAAUCCACUUCCACACGUACGAACCCAUGUCGGCCUGACCUCCGACCCGCAGGAACCGCGACCCGAUCAGGGGUUCUGGAAGCUAAACUGGAGCCGGGUCCUCAUAGAACCUCAGCUCUUUUGGUUUCAGAUGAUUGUUUUAGAGAAAUGUUGAAGAUGGUUCUGUUCUGCUUCCUGUUUGGACUCAGCAAAGCAGAACCGCUUCCUGUGGAAACCAAAAGUCUGGAAUCAGCUGAUUUGACCAGAACCAGAACCACAUGCUGAUGCGAAGAAAACGGUUCUGGCCUGGUUCAGUCAUGGACAACCAAACAGCUCCUAACUGUUCAGAAAUGAUCCGAUUGGUACCAGGUUCUGUUGAUACCAACAGAACCUGGUACCAACCUCAGGGUUUCUCCCAGUUUGUGUUCACCAGUUGCAUUGUGGUCCAAAUCUUUGCUUCGGUUCAUCGCGGUUCUGCUCAGCUCUCUGAAGGUCUCACAACAUUUUCAUCAGGUGAAGGCCUGGACUUUGACUAGGCCACUGCAGCACUUUGAUUCUCUUCUUCUUCAGCUGUGUUUGGAUCGCGGUUCUGUUCUGACCCAGUUCAGACUGAGCUUCACUUUGGACUCCAGAAUAGGUUUGGUUCUGUUGGACUUCAUUCAUUUCUGUCUCUGAGGUCCACCAGGUCCGUUUACCAGCUCCAGAACCCGACCAGAACCCCUCGGUGUAAAUUACCUUGAGAAAUAAUGAGCUUUGGUUAAAUAGAAAAACAGGCUUUAAUGGCGAAAGACGAUCGAAUGUUAGAAGCCAAACUUGUCAUAGAAACGGAUCAGAACCAGAGUUACAUUCUGGACGGAACCGGGUGAGGCAAAGACUGGAGGCCUGCGGUCCGAUCAGCUUCAGGCUGCCACCAGGCACACAUAAACAUGGCUACGUGAGCUGCAGCGUGUAAGCAGACAGAACAGUUCAGAAGAACAUCUCAACUGAGAGGAGAAACCAAAGCAAACGGAACUGAAGGUCAACAGAAAACAGGAAAAUUCAAUCAAAGAUACUUUAAUGAUUCCAAAGGAAAUUAAAUAAAAGCCUCAUCGACCUCCAGGCCUGCAGGGGGCGCCGAGUGUCUACUGAUGAACAGGAGCAGCUGUGUUAGCAAUGCUGAUUCCAGACCAAGAACUCCAGGAUUAUUCAGUGACGGCUGGACUCACCUGGACUCACCUGGACUCACCUGGACUCACCUGGACUCACCUGUCAGAUGGCCGCCGCUGUGGGAAUGAAGCCAAAGAAAGAAGAAAAUCAUUUUUCUGGUUGUAGAUUAUAGUAUAAUCAGCUCUUAUUUAUAAAAUUUAACUGGGUCUAUUCUGGUUCUGGUUCUGGUUCUGUCACAAAUCUCCAAACCAGAGGUUUUAAAAAAAGGAUCCAAAGAAUUUCUGCUUUUUGUGUGAACGAGUUCAGAAAGUUUUCUGUUGCUUUAAGGCUCUGUUGCUCCAGGGCGCCUCCAUGUGGCCAGUAAUUAUCCAGUAAUUAUUGUGUUUUCAGGUAAAAUCAUCUCAUUUAUGUUAGAAAAACGUUUUAUGUAAUAUUGUCUUCAUAAUGUUAAAUUUUUCUAACUUGAGAAAUGAUAUUAAUGUUAAUAUAAAUAAAUGCUGCUUCGCUGCUGCUUCCUGUC